GGUACGGUACACCAGCUUGAUCCGCCUCAUGAACGAUGUCGAUUGACGAGUGAUCAUACAGUGGAUGUAAACGUCGACGUGAUACGCGCGCGCGCAAAUGUCUCCGAUGAUCCCGCGACAAUAAUGCCGACAAUUGACGAGUCGAUCGACAAAUCGCGCGCGAAUAAAUGACAGAUAUCGAUCGGCAAGAGACAAUCAAGAUCCGACCAACAUGCGGAUAUACACUGUCAAGUUCUCGGACACGACGUGAUAAACCUUGUCGUUUGUUACUGUCAGUGACAUGAUAAUGAUUUUGAAACGACCGUAUCUACGGUUUGCACUUUCUAUUAACUGAUUGAGAAGAGAAGGAAACGCACUGUAAGUGAUAUUGUGCUUCUGAAGUGUACGAUAAGUGGAAGUCGCAUUUUAGUAAUGGAAAGAAGUCUUGCAGAAAUGCUAUCGUUUGCGGUCGUUUAACGUGCGUUUUGUAAAGAGUGUUUGAAAGUUUGAGUGCUGGUUUAUUUGCCUGAAAAACACAACGAUAAAUGUUAAUGUAAUACAUCGAGAGAAAUAAUUUUACCUAAAAGAUAUCAUAUAAUUAAUACGGAAAGGAAUUUCGCACAGCAUUGAAUAUUUAAAAUUUUUCAAGGGGAUUAUACUAAUUGGCAAAUUCUACGUAAAGAUAAAACAGAUCUCUACGGAUUUAAUUAGUACAACGCAGAGCGCUUACUGAGUUAGAUAUCCGCGAAUUCCCGUGGCAAAGUGAUCUGAGAUACAAUCAUUUCGCAUUUAUUCCGAUUUUAAAGACAAUCUCGUUAGCUCAACGGACAAUAAGUUUAAGCAGAAGUAUUUAGAAGUAAAAGGGUAAAUCGACCAAAUAUAAGAAAUAAAAUGUGUUUAUCAAGUUUUGUAUUGGAAAAUUAUCACUGUCGAGUGCACUGAUUAAACAACGAACCGAGACUUCCGAUCAAGCGCCAUAAAUUCGUAUCAAUUACGCGCACGUUUUUCCAAUAAGGAACGAGCAAUCAGGUGGAGCCAUCAUAAUGAUAGUUGCUCGCCAGUUCGUUGUGCGUCACGUCGGAGGAAAUCGGUAACAGCUCAUAAAAUCGAUUUAACGUGCUAUUCGGAGGAAGCAAACAGAGAGAUAACGUCUCGGACAAAGCUCUGGGACUGUCUAUGCACAAUCGCCAAAGAGACCUCUUACAAAUAUGAAUAGCCAAAACCUGGAGCAUGUGUAUAAUUGCACUGCAUCGAUUCUGGAGCGUAAUGUUACAUUGCUAUUAAGACUGAAUAUUAGUGAGAUCCGUUAUUUUAUCGAAGAAACGUUGAACAAGUCAACUAGGCAUGACAUUCUUCAACAAGCGCUCCUCGACUGUAUUCUCGUCCAUCAGGAACGGCCAUUCGAUUUGCCAUGGUGGCAAAAGCUCUUCUGGUCUUUGAUAUUCGCGGUGAUACUGCUGGUCGCAACUGGUGGCAAUAUUAUCGUUAUGUGGAUCGUACUUGCUCAUCGACGGAUGCGUACCGUAACUAAUUACUUCUUGGUAAAUCUUUCCGUUGCGGAUCUUAUGAUGUCAUUGCUCAACUGCGCCUUCAACUUUAUCUUCCUACUCAACUCUAAUUGGCCCUUCGGAAUGGUGUAUUGCACCAUCAACAACUUCGUAGCACACGUAACCGUCGCUUCUAGCGUUUUUACUCUCGUCGUAAUUUCAUUUGACAGGUACAUGGCCAUUAUGUAUCCUCUUAAACACCACAUGUCUCGCAAGAGGACAGUAAUUAUUUUAAUUUUAAUCUGGGGCAUUUCAUCUGCACUAGCAACCCCGUGUCUCUUAUAUUCUACAACAUCAUUACGCAGAUAUUCCAAUGGAACAACCAGAAUCUCCUGUUACUUAUUGUGGCCUGACGGUGGCUAUUUACGUAGUCAAACAGAGUAUUUCUACAAUGUCUUAUUCUUCACUGUAACGUAUCUGGUUCCCAUGUCAGUGAUGGCUGUCUGUUAUACGUGUAUGGGACGAAAAUUAUGGGGCUCAAAAUCGAUUGGUGAACUUACGCACUACCAGAAAGAAUCAAUGAAAUCCAAACGCAAGGUGGUAAAGAUGUUCAUUAUCGUGGUGACAAUAUUUGCAGUGUGCUGGUUACCAUAUCAGGGAUUUUUCAUCUUUGUGUAUCAUCAUCGUCAUAUUGCAGAAAACAGUUAUGUGCAACAUGUAUAUUUAAGUUUUUACUGGCUCGCUAUGUCCAACUCUAUGGUAAAUCCGAUCAUAUAUUACUGGAUGAAUAACAGGUUUCGAGUUUACUUUGAAUUGGUAAUCUGCAAAUGCUACUGCGUGAUAGAUCGGACAAACGUGCAAACCCAUGAAACUCAAGAACUGGCUGGGUUUCAGCGUUCAGAACUCAUGCCAUGCAAUUCGAGUCGUUUUAAAUCUACUUCUGUCAGAUGGCGACAAAGCGUGGCCGAAAGCCAGGUACAGACCUUUAAAAUGAAUGCUCGAACAAUGUGCGAGGGGCUCCAAACUAAAGAGGACGUUGCUAUAAUCUGAAUUCUAGUUUAAUUAUACAUUACGAGUACAACGUUACACAUAAUGUCAUAAUAUUAUCAUCUUCAUGCUUUACAACAAGCUUUGUCAUAAGUAAUUAUCGAACGUUAUAUACAUAAUUCUGGUUGCACGAUCGCUAAAUGGCCAAUAAUAAUAAAUUAGUAAGCCUAACAUCCCAUCUUCUCCCUUUGAAAGACAUUAUUUUCUUACUCAUUAAUGAGACUGACAGAAUUGUAACAGAAGAAGUUCGAUGUUAUUUAAUAUUCAGGCGUACUUAAUAAUGUAAUUAUACAUAUAAAUAUACGUCUUAUAUAUUCAUGAUAACAUUCCUUACUCUCACGGAACUGUUAAUAUUAUAUUGUGACAACAAAAUUCUGUACAUAUUAUGAAAUAAACAUGAUUUGUU